AGUCCUGUAUGUGCCGUCUUCUGAUACAACUUGAUUGGGACGUUUCAGAAUAAUUUAAGUUCGGUGUUUAUAUUUUUACCUUGUCAGUUGAAUAACACUAGCCAACUAGUCAACAUGAGCCCAGCUAAGGUUUUAACUACCGUUUCUUUAGUUUGCUUAUUUGUUUUAAGUGAGGGUGCUAAGACGAGACCUAAGAAAGUUUAUGGAAGACCCGAAUACUUUCCAGUUUGCUUCCGUAACGAUCCUGAACUCAAUAAAUGCCUAAUAAAUGCUUCGGAACAAGUAAGACCUUAUUUGGCAAAAGGAGUCCCAGAGUUACGACUACCAUCCUUCGAGCCAUUUACGAUUCCUCAAAUAGAACUAGCCCAAGGAACCAGAGCUCUAAAUUUUAGAGCUUUGUUAAGUAACGUUGUAGCUCACGGAUUGACUAAAUAUAAAUUUCAUAGAUUUGAUUUUGAUGUGCCCAAUUAUGAAUUUUUCUGUGAAGCUAAGAUUCCUGGUGUAAGUUUGGAAGGUGAUUAUAGUCUCACUGGACGUAUACUUAUAGCUCCUAUCGAAGGGAAAGGAAAAUUUACUGCUCAUAUUGAUUCAUGUGAUGUGUAUGUAUAUCAAAAGUAUAAAGAAGCCAUUCUGGGUGAUAAUAAAGUCCAUUUGAUGCCUACAAUAACUAACAGUAGUAUCAGAGUGCAGAAACCCUCAAUUAAGUUGGAUGGUUUGUUUAAUGGAAAUGCAGAACUUAAUGCUGCUACUAAUAAAGCCAUUAACGAUAACGUAGAUGAAUUAUUUGCAGAAUUGAAACCAGUCGUUGAACAAACUUUGAGUCAAAUUCUGGAAGACCUAUUAUUCAAAUCGAUUAUACAAAAUAUACCGUUUGCAGAUCUUUAUCCUGUUAAUCCUAGAUUUUCUUGAAUUUUUAUGUAGUUUAAAUUUUUUUAUAUAUUUUUAUCAAUAAAUAGAAUUAUUAUUAUGUUCCAA